CAUGUCAACAACUUAAACCUUUAGCGUGCUAAUUACUAUAACGGCAGUUAAACUUCAAAUGUUUGGAGGCGAAACAUGUCACGUUCACGUUAGAAAGGAGACCACGCGGGUUACGGAAACAACAAACAAAAAUAACCUUGACAUCGCAAGCGCGAACUUCAAACAGAUGUCAAAUAAUUAUUAUGGGGCACUGAAACUCGCUCUCUUAGCUUGUUCUCUCUUGAUGUUGUAUAAAAGGCUUGGGAGACGCAUUUACGUACAUUUGUUUGUACGAAGCUGUGUUUUUCAUAUUUAGGAGUAGUUUCUGCACUAACACUGAGUUCCAUAGAAACUAAGGACGCCUAACUGGCAAUACUGAAAAAAAAAAAAAAAUGAACAUGACGGCCGUGACACAGCCUCUUUAAAGAUACACCUAAUUGCAAUAAGGCUGUGAUAGAAAAAAGUAAAAAGCCAAAUAGGAAUUAAUUAGCAUUAAAUUAUCAUUGCUUGCAACAUUCACGACACACACGCUUAUAGCUGAAUAUUAAUCAUGUAAUAUCGGGGUAAUAUGAAAGCCACAUCAUUUGCAUCAGUUUCUUGGUGUCAUUCUAAUGCAAUUCGAGGCUGAUUCAUCUAGCGGAUUUCAAACGUGCUCUAAUUACAAACGUACAUCGGAUAACUACUAAAGAAAAAAUGGCUCCAUUUUUUUUCAAUAAAUAUAGCCUGGGGUAAAUUCCAGGAACGCGACGCGUCUUUUCGUUUAAUGCUAAAUAGAAAAGCCAGUCUGCGUAUGGUUUGUAGUGCACAACACCAUCAGAUCACAAUUUUCAAGCAACAAAUCAGGGAUGUAGGCAGGACUUUCCAUCGCGGAGAGGGUGAGGCGUUCCUCCGCCAGUUCCUCUCCCGCGCCACAAACCAAGCCUCGUUUGUCAGGACCCUUUUGUUACACACAUCAGUGUUUCAUGUGCGGAAUCUUACAGCGCGGAAUUACAGAAUUAUUUCUUGUUAUUGUGAAUGACUUCUUAAAUAAUUGUUAAAUUAUUAAAAUACGCAAAUGUAAAUCACAUGGCUAAUUAAUUCCUAUUCGGCAUUCUACUUUUUGCUUUUUGCUUUUUUCUAUGACAACGUUAUUGCAAUUAGGUGUAUCAUCUUCUUUGAACAGUUAAGCUUAAUGUAGGAUAUGUAAAUAUUUAGGUCUACCGUCCCCAACCCCCAUGUUUGUAUAAUCGAGCAUGCGCUGUGACUGGUAUGAUGAUUAGACUACACAUGUGUGCACGAGUUAGCAAUGGUGUGUGUUAGUGGUUAAAUCUGAAUCAAUUCUUGGUUAAAUCCGUAAAGACACUACACUUAGUCCACUGUAUGCUCCCUACCAAACCUGCCUAUUCAGCGGAAAAAGCUUAGAAUUUACAUGAAUCAAACUAAUCCCGAUCAGUCAUUAUGAAUUUCUCGUUUCUUUUCAGAUUACGUGAUAUUUUUCUUUGCCUUGGGUUUUCUGAUGCAGGAAUUCUUAGAGGCAAAAAGACAGGGAUCCUAUGUUUAUAUGUCAAAAUGGUGGAAUAUUGUGGACAUGAUUAUCAUCUUUACCUUUCUUGUGAGUUAUAUAAUGUGGUUGAUCUCUUGGGGGCGUUUUGAAAAAUGGGAUCCACGGAAAGAAGUUUUUGUAAUAGCCGAUGUGUUGUAUGCAAGUGCCACGGUGGUGGCCUUCUUUCACUUAACGCACAUUUUCCAGGUAAGUUAACAAAUUGAAAGAGGCUAAUUGUUACGAACAUUUUGCUGUUUUGGGUCAAGUUCUGUGCUGAAGUCAUUACUUAGCGCUUUACCCUUAUAGAAAAUGCUCCCGUAGAGCUAUUUAGAAGAUUUCAAACAAAUGUCAUCAAGAAGCACUAACCAAAAUAUUUUUUGGUGAUUUUGCAGAUAUAGCAUUAAACCUUGAAAAAAAUGGCCCAACUUUUUCAAGUUUCAGUCCAUGUCCGUCCUUGCCAUCCGUUGAAACAGACGACAUGAAAUAGUUUCAGUGCCUAAAUAUAGUCUUGAAUGACAAACCUGGACCAUUACUUUUGGAAUACAAUUGGCUUUUUCUGAAGAUAGCAAGUAGCAUGACAUAGCCCUUUAAAUCCAAGAAAAGACCAUAAAAGCGAUGUUAUCUGCUGACGAAUCCUAGCAUGUAGCAUAUUAAGUUGAUAGCCAAUGUUUCAAGCGGUAAUGAUCUAAUUAUGUAAUUACUGAUGAGAGACAAAGUUUACUCGUACUGAAACUUUUCUCUGCCUGAUCUGUAUCAUUCCUUGUGUAAAAAAGUUAACCUGUCAAAGCUCCGAGCCCGUUGAUUGCUUGUUUUCACGCGAUGAUUUUGAUUGUUCUGUUAUUCAAAUAUGGUGCACCGAUAAAAGCAAAACUGUGAUUGGAUGAGUCACCAUACCGCAAACGUGGCGCGAACACCUUCCAGAAAAUGGGAGCUGAAUUCUAAUUGGCUAAUCGCGGGAAAGGAAUGUGGUUCAAUUUUCAGCAGCGUUAGUGUGGAGGAGAGUUGCGUGACGACACACUAAAAACGGCUGUGUAGCAGACUAAUAAUCUCCGAGAGAAGUAAAAAAUUCUGUUUGUUUGAAAUCGACUAAAACGAAAAUAUAUUUCAAACCUUAAAUUUUCAAAAGCCUUGAUAGAUUAUUUAAUAAAAACGUUAUAAAUGACUCAAAUUAUUCUUAAGUUGCGUCAGAAUGUUGCCUAAUAUCAUAUUUUGAUGCUAGAAAAUUUUGAUGUAUUUUCGUUCUUGCGAUCUUGAAAACUAAUUCAUUUUCUCACCACCUGUCUAAGUGCAACUUCAUUCAAAAUUUGGACUUUUAGCGCUUUUUUGUAUAUCUCUGAAACGACUCGAGCCAAUUUUUAUAAAAUCUCUUCACACAAUCUUCAUAAUGUAUAUAAUAAGGUCUGAAACUUUCAUUAAGAUUGAUUCACUGCAACACCUUGAAAUUUCAAGACAAACCUAUUCUACUUCCCGGUCAAAAUUCUGCGUUACAACAUUCACUGUUUUGAUGUUAUGCUAAUUUUCCCAAAAAUAAUGCGCACUAUACAUACCUCCAUGACUAGUACAUUUUAGUUUGAAUUUAUCGCAUCUUUUGAAUCUAAAACAUUGACAAUACUCACACUGAACUGUCUAGAUCUGGUCUAAAUCGCGCAAAACUAGGCGUUUAUCAGUUUCAUAGUUUUUUGUUUAUUGUUGUCGUAAUAAUAUCGAUCUUACUAAAACCCACAUUUUGACAGAUUUCAAUCGAUAGUCAAUCAUUGGUGAAAAUUUAUAGCGAUCAGACAUGGAUAAAACUACUUUUAAAUCGAUUGAAAAGUAUCGGUAUGGCCUCUGAAAAACUGUAUCGAAAUACCCUAAGUCAUUCAAUUUUAACGAUUUCACGAACUGAGACUUCGGCGAAUUAAGGUAUUCAAAACUUUUACGACGACAAUGGAACAUUUAUGUGAUAAAACUGGAGCCGCCCAUGGUCAAAAUAAUAAACGUCAUUAGCUUCAUUAAAUCAAAAUAAUACAACGUUCUGUAUCUUAAUUUUGGACGAAACAAACGAAACUCAAUGCUGUCCUCACUCGUAUUGUGCACGAGACAUCCGAUACACGUCAUAGUCAACCGUCAAAUAGCAUAUUGUGUGUGAAACUGACUGUCGUAUAGACUGACCUUGAAUUUUGAACAGCAUUAUUGUUGUAACUUUAAGGUUGCCGUGCGGUCAUGUCGUAAAUGUAUGCGCGCGCAAGUCAUAUGGUAGAGACUGUAUCUGAACAUUCUCGUCCCCAGAGCGUGUCGUUUCUUGGUCACGUGGUCGGGAAACGAGGGGCUCUGGAAGCAGCCGUUACCGGAUGCCAGAAAGUUUCUGACAUCCGGUCGCACAUGUGCAGAAGUUGCAAAUAUCACUGCUCAUGUUCAUAACGGAUUUUUAUCCCUCACCGCUCCACUGGGGGAAAAUUUUACUUCCUGAGCUCUUUCCAGAUAGCGGCUUCUUUGGGAUGUUUUGAAAAUGCACCACUUCACUCAACUUGGAUUCACCGAUAAUUUGGAGUUAAAAGAAGAAGACAGUCACAGAAACCGGCUGAACACACUGUUGGUUUGCAGAACUGAGACAAUUAACCGGCAGACUAUCGUCUGAGUUAUAUGAGUUUUUUUUUUCAAUACGUUUGGCGAACAAACACUGGGAAAGUAAUAUCGCGAAGAUCGAUAUAAUGCAGGAAAAAGUCAAUCUAAAAAGGUAUCUUGUUCCAUGUCCUGCAACUGCUAUCUUACUUAUGAACACUUUUUGAAACGAAACCAUUCAUGUGUUGUGUUAGGAGAGUAAAAUAUAUAUUUCAUUUCACUCGAUCGAGCUGGUUGUGUUUUUUCCUAUGUUUAUUUCCUUUUGUGGUGUCGCAUGUCGUGGUUUUAAUUUUGCCCAUGAGCUUUUGCGUACAACACGUGUUAGACAACCGAAGGAUUUACGUCGAAACAAAUCAAUAUUAAUCAUUUUACCGACCCAGGGUAAAAAACAUAUAUGACAAGGUUUGUCCAGGAGAAGUGACAGUCUAAUACACCUCCAUGGGCUUCCAUGCAUGGCAACUUUAUACAGUACUGAGUGAAUCAAAUUCCAGUUCAGUUUUCUCUGUAUAUCAACCCUAACUGAAACUUGAACCCGAGUUUCCUAACCCUAAUCAUAAAACUUCUGUGUCAUUUGGUGUUUCUGGGGGCCAUUCGGUGUUCUGCUAAAAGGGUUUAUCCUCCUAAAGAUUUCAGGUAUCAUCUCCUAACUAAAAAUCAUCAUCAGUAACUCAAAGAGAGAGUUUUCAAUAAUUUUGCUGUCAGACUCAGAAAAUCAUUAAUACCUGAAAAAUGUUGAUUGUGUAGUGACCAUCACCAUAAUGUUCAGUACACAUGCAUGACCAAACCUCAAAACCACAAAGUGAUUACCACUGCUGUUUGAGGUUUUGUUUUCUCACCCAAUAUUAGCUUUUUCUUUGCAACGCCAUAGCAUCCUUAAUAUUUGUGGUAUUCAUGGUUUUGUAACUUUCACACUAUAGGUGACCUCUUGUCACCUCUUUUGUAGGGGUAUAGACAGUUAUAUGCACUUUUGAUUACCGGUUACUAAUAAAAAGUGUUCCCAGGACACUAGUUUAGUAGGAAGAGAUGGUAAUUAUGCAAAUGUAUCCAGAGAGAAACCUGUUUAAGUACCACUUAUGAGCUCAUUGGUUACACAUCUUUGGAAGGGGUUUUAAGGGUAUUUGUUUUCUUAGGGGAGGGCUUAUAACCAGGGGGGGCAUUUUUUAUUGCUUACUGGUAAAUGGGCCUAUAACUGGCGGAUUUGUAUGUGGGGGUAGGAGGCUUAGAGAAGUAGUUUAUGGUAACCUGUUCCAGACAUUCAGGCAUUGGGGAAUGCACAAAGAGAAAAAAACAAGAAAAAACCCUGCAUUUUUUAUUGCUCUACUUUUCACCAUCUGAAUGCCUAGAACAGUUUAUCAUAAGCUCUAUAGCUGUCCUUUGUUAUCUGGAACAGUGAAAUGUAGACUGAUAUACACACUGUAUAUAGACUGUAUGGUUUAAGAGAUCCCCCCUAAGAAGUACACUUUGAGUAACACACAACCCGAAAACAUUUUCUUAGGUAGCUUCUCUCAUCAUGUUUUGAGAGUGGAGUGCAAGACCUGGUUUGAAAUUGGGGAUAGAAUUUUGGAUCAGGCCCGAAAUAGGAUAGUGAAAAUCACAUAGGUUAGUCAAAAUUUGGCAAGGCAAGAACCAUACUGCAGGGCCAACCUGAACUGCUUUUUGGGGGGGUAGUGCCCCACCCCCAAUCUGUACCCUCUGCAGUUGUAUUGAAACUGAAUGUGGUGCUUUAUAGGGUUAAAAUACAAUAUCUCCUCACAGCUUUUGCUAAUGUAUAAUUGUUUAGUUCCCAUAAAAUUCAUUAUUUUGUGUUAUAACAUGAGGGUUUCCAACUAAGAAAUGAAUCAAUGACGAGUGGAAGCAAGUUUUAAUUUGGCCCAUCAUUAUUUGUCAAUAACCAAGUAAACUAAGAUGCCCUGUGCCUCAGUAAGCCAAUGCUGUGUGCAAAGCUCAAGGAGGGGUGGAGAGCAGGUGUGGUUAGGAUUAGCGAGUAAACUAUUGAUAUUACUAUUGCUCAAGCUAUUAUGUUACCCGCCCUAUUAAAGGUGACAUACUGCAAAAACCACAUGUUAUCAUCAACAACCACUUGCCCCAGUAUGGUGCAAAGUAGACUCCCUUAGGAUGUUCUUCAUUUAUUAUUUUAUUUAUCAGCACCUCAGUUGUCCAUAACAUUGUCAAUAAAUCUAGACCGGUUUUGUUUUUCAAACAGUUAAGUUUUCUCUUAAACCAAAAUGUUGAGAGCCUUGUGCUACCUUAUGUAGUGAUCAGAUAUAUAACAUAAUUAUUUAUCAAAAAAAAAUUGUGCAAAUCAUAGCUCCUUCUUUGCUGUUCAUCAGAAAUAAUCAAUCCCAGAGCCCCUUGUUCAUCUCUCCCUGAAUGCUACGUGACUGGAAGCCAAGCAAGGACAGUUAGGAUGAGAAUAUUUUCUUGCACAACAUUUGUAACAAGUCGGCCACAGAGCCUUUUAGAGCCGAAUUAUCUAAACAUGAUUUAAGCAUUAAUUAAGUGGAAGAAAACGUAAAUUGGAAAGAGUACUUGCUCUAUCAUCUUUACACAAUUAAAAAAUUGCCUUUUCCACGCAGCCCAAAAUGAUUCAUAAGCAAUUCAGUUCUGGCUUUAUGCACUGCCAUCAGUGGUCUAAUGAAAUAAAGGCAUAUAACAAAAUAUUAAUAUCUUGACCUUAGUAUAGCAAAGGAGAUGUUCUUUCGGCAGAAAAUACAAUAAAUCAAAAGCACACUGCAAUAAACUUAACGUACAUAUCAUUUCUGUAAUGUAGUCGGAGCUUGAUUUCCUUUCCCACUGUAGCACCGACGAAUAUCCAGAGGAAUUAGAAAAACUGAUUAGGCUAAUUAAUAACGCCAUACAAGUACAGUAUCAAUCGCUUGAUUUUUAACGAGCAAGGAGCAAUAGGAAGAGCUAACUAACCAUUACUCCUCCUUUCAGUUUCCCAGUAGAUGCGACGGUCGAGAUAGGGGCAAAGUUUAGCGCACAACGAAGGCAAUAAUUUCUUUGUCAAGGCUCGUUAUAAUUAUCUUCGUAGAAACUUUUCAAACUUUACCUACAAUUCUCUUCUUCACUGCUACUGCAUGUAAACAAAACAGGAUUGUCGCAAUCAACGAAACUCAGACACGGAUCUUAUGUUUGUAGGUCGAGAGGGCACGAGUAAAAUGUUAUGCGCAGUAGAUUAUAUUUUUAAUUUUAUUUGCGCAUUCAAUUGUCCUCAGACAAUGAAAAAAAUCGUAUUUUCCAUUGCGUCCAGAGCCACUGGUCGGUUACAAAUUAAGCCGAAUGUCUCUGGGGACGAGAAUGAUAUCUGAACGCCAUCUUGAAUUAUACGUUCUUUUUAUCAUUGAAGUUCUGUUUCUUGUUUUUUCGCUUGCCUUAGUUUCUUUUCUCAACUGACACUAGCAGACUGUGUCAAGGCCCGCACGACAGCACUCACCAAAUUGGCAGAAUUUCAUAUUGUACCCACUUUUAUACCACUACAUGGGAAAUUUCUGCAAUCUGAUUGGCUUAGAGCAGCAGUAUUUCAGUUUAAUUUGAAAUACCUACAUGUAAAAAUUAGAACCCUUUUGCGGGUAGUAGUAUAAACAGUAUAGUAUGAUUUGUGCGUGAUAUUUGGCAUAAAUACCACUCGUGAUAUUUCAAAAUUGUUCCAAAUUUAAUAACAAUUUAAAUAACAAUUUCGAAAUAUCACGAGUGGUAUUUAUGCCAAAUAGCACUACAAAUCAAGCUAUUACCUAUACUAAUUUAGCGACGAUUUAACUUUAGUGACACUUAAUUUUGGUGUCGCCAAAAUUACAUGUAAUAAGGUAGGUUGCUGUGAAAACAGAUUAUUUAAAAUUUAGAUUGUGUGCCUUUUUCAAGCGCUAGUUGUUCUACGCAAUUUCAUGUAAAUAACAAAAAGAGCUUCGUAAUUAUUGGAGGAUGUAUAUUUCAUGAUGCAAAUGCUUUGAGUGCACGAAAUAAAUCUUUAGAAAUGUAAGUUUUCAAAGUAUAAUUACCAAGUAAAAAAUAAAAUCUCGGAAGGAUUGAGAAUGUUGAUGACAAAGCACGUAAAUUAGCUAUAAUUGUUGGCUUUCAUAUAACGUCACCAAAAUUCAAACUAAGGAAUUCUCAAAUCUUCCUGAGUUCAUACUUUAUAUUUAAGAACAGCUCAAAGCCAAUCUUUAUACAAAUUUUCACGAGAGAGAGGCUCAUCGUUCUGUGAUUGAGUACGCAUGAAUUUCCAAGCUUUCACGUGACGAGGCAUUUACAAAGCGGACGAGAGAGCCGUCAGAACAGUUUCUUGUACAAGAAAAAUAAUUACUUUCAUAUCUAUGGGCAUCAAUUUGGAAACAUUAGCAUAACGUCAAAACGGUAACGCGGAUUUUAUUGGCCGAUUCGUAGGCAAGGUUCGUCUUGAAAUUUCAAGGUGUUACAGUAAAUCAAUCUUAAUGAAAGUGUCAGGCUUAAGCAAUAGAAAACGUUUUCAGUGUUUGCAUAGCCUGAUAUAAACGCGAGAGGGGUUGGGAGAAUUCGAGACAGUGUUAUGCAAACCAAACUGUCGAGAAUUCUCUUAACCGCUCGAGUGUUCAGGCUGUGCAAACACAGGAAAAAAGUUUUCUAUUGCUUUUAUAAAAUAACUUUCCCGAGAAAAACGCAAAACUCUCUCUUAUGGCCCUGACUAAAAGAGAAAUUGUUACCAGUCACAAAAUCUUGUACACGAAGUCUGCCUCGCAUAAUCAGUUCUUGUUUUACAAAAAGAUGCUUUCCAAAAUACGGAUUUUUCUCACUUAAAAUGUCAGCUUAAGCGAAAAAAAAAUUGACACAGCUUGUUUGUAAAGAUUUUCCAAGUUUCAGCCCACGAAGGAAUGGGUAAAUAAAGUAAACUUGUCGAGUUUUGAACUCAAAAACUUUUUCAAAGUUGUGCUUGCGUGAUUAGCACACGACAAGCAAAACAUCUUGACGUCACAACCAUGUUCACAUACUCUCAUGCAAACACUCCUCUCGGCCAAUCAGAGCGCGCGUACUAUCUUAGUUAUUUUAUAAAUAAUUAUAUACAUCAUGAAUAAGGUUAUGUGAUGAGACUUAAAAAGAACUCUGUCGAGCCGUUCUAGAGAUACUCAUAAAAGCGCUAAAAAUCAAAAUUUAGAGUAAAGUUGCUCCUAGACAGGUGGUGUGAAAACAGGUUAGUUUUCAGGAUUGCAAGAAAAAAAAUACACCAAACUUUCCUUGCAUCGAAGUAUGAGGUUAAGCUGCCUUUUGACGCUACUUAGGUAGGUUUAAUGUGAGUUAUUUAGAACCCUUUUAUUAAACAUUUUAUCACGACUAUUGAAAAUAUAAGGUUUGAAAUACAUUUACGUUUUGUUUGAAUUCAAACAUACAGAAUUUUUUACUUCUUACGGAGUUUAUUUGCUUAACACCACACUUUCGCGCAAAAUUCGGAUAUAAUUCGAUUUCAAAGUUUUUUGUUUAUUGUUGUCAUAGUGAUAUCGAUUUUACUAAAAACUGCAUUUUAACAAACUUCUAUUCAAAGUCAGUCACUGCUGAAGAUUUUGUAGCGAUCUGCCAAGGACAAAAAUUACUUUUAAAACGAUUGAAAAACAUCAGUAUGGUCCCCGAAAAUCUGUAUCGAAACAUCUUAAUGAACGUUACCAAAUUGUAUAAUUAAUUAUAAGCAUAAUUUUAAGGUUUAGUAUGUCAAGUAACCUGUAAGUAUUAACACUGGAGCGCUACUUUUAGCCUUGGCAAAAUUUAUAUCUUAUACUCAUUUUGUCUGGUCCCAAAUUUUCCAGAUAGACUCUGUUUUGGGUCCUCUGCAGUUGUCCCUCUACAAGAUGCUCAAAGAUGUGGGUCGAUUUCUGUUUAUUUACCUCUUGCUUUAUCUGUCGUUCGCGACCGGCGUUGUGAAGGUGUAUUCCUUCUAUGUCACCUCACAGAUAGAAUUACAGAAGCAGAACAUGACAAGCGACCCACAGGACUCCCAUCCAUAUGACAAGUAUGUACACAUUUAAACCUUGUGUAUGUUGACCGCUUAUUAAGCGAGCUUUUUAAAAGGCGUGAAGUUGUUGUUACAAUUAAGUAUAGGUAUUUAAGGAAACCGGAGAGUCUCAACGACAAUUCAUUAAUACGUACACUGUUCUUUCUCAAAUCAUAAAUGUGUCAGUUUUUCCAAAGGUAUAUUAUAGCCGUCAGGUGAUAGCAUGUCGUAAUUCACAGUGCUACGGUAGACACGACUUAAUAAGCAACUUUUUGAGCGUUUUCACUGCCAUAUAGUCCACAGAAUAACGGCUUUAUGUAAGCUUAGAAUGUCGGGAUUGACGGUGCGAUAAAAUCCACGGUGUUUCAUUUCUUUAUACAGUGAAACCUCUAUUUAGCGGACCCCCAAUUAAGCGGACACCCUCUAUUAAGCGGACACUAAGCCGGGUCACGAAAUUAACGUCUUAUAGUUCCCUUUAUAAACGAACCCCUAUUUAGUGGACACUUCUAUUAAGCGGAGGCGGACACUAAAACAGAUUGUAUUUGGCAAAUUUCUGUUGUUUAAAACCUCUAUUAAGCGGACACCGGACUGAAUUGACAAUAGUAUUAUUGGAUUACGUCCUUGAAAUACGUACUGUAGUCGAUUAAUAAAGAUAAAUCAAUACAUUUAGCUGUCAAUAAACUGAGUAGGCCGAUAUCCCACCGUAUGAUUGUCAUCCGCGAUCAAAUUUCACUUAAAAGUCUUGCACAAAGUCCAGCGCCUUCUUAACAACAUGGAACUUUAUCACAGUACAAAGUAACCGUUAUAUGUUAAUCGUUAACAAACAUUGCGCAAUUUUUGCAAACCUCUAUUAAAAGGACACCCACUAUUAAGCGGACACUUGGGCAGGUCCCGUAGGGGUCCGCUUAAUAAAGGUUUCACUGUAUUCUGUUUCAACAUACGUGUAUGUUUAAUUAUGAUAAAUAACAGGCCAGGAGCCGUUUGGUAAGGACACCUCUCAUUAAUACGGAUACCCUCCCAUUAGUGCAUGUCCGUAUCAACGGGAUUUGACGUUUCCAUUUUUCUUUUCAUUCCCAGCCAUCCCAAUUCCCUAUUGGCCUUGUUUUGGUUGUUGCUGGGUCUUGUUGAAGAAGGUGAUAUCGCUGUCAAGGAUCCCAGCUUUCGUCUUACGUCUGCCUUUGGUCGUCUGUUUUUGAUGGCGUAUGUGAUCUGUACUGUGAUUGUAGCCUUGAACAUGCUGAUUGCCAUGAUGAACAACUCAUUCGAGAAGAUCAUGGUGAGAGAGUAGUUGUUUUGUUCAACCCAAACGCUAAAAGAUAAUUCUGUUUAGACAUGUCAUAACCCUAUGCAAAAAUAAUGGGCCAUUUGCACGAUGACGUCUCUUUAGCUUGUAUGCGUGUUUUGUUUUGCCAAUACAGGUCAUUUGAUAAUACGCAAAAGAAGCUGCUUCUUUCAAAUUUCCUCUUAUUCAUGUGUAUGUGUGCGCAUAAUUUAGGAAGAGACAAAGUUCAGUCCCAUUGAGGUUUAAAUAACAAAAGCCUUAAUUUGCACAAGAAAGCAAUACCCUGAAGGAUUCUGGUAGAAGUAGUAGAAUGGCGCCAUCGUGAAAAUGGAUUAUUAAAGAGCACAGCAGAAACCCGCAUAUGAUUUAAUGGAAAGCUUCAAUCCCACAUACCUGGGAAACCCGGGAUACUCCUGGAAAUUCUUGGUGGGGGUGUGCCGCCCAGUUCUCCCAAUCCUGGCCCUAUUUCAGAUCAAAAAAUGUCAUUUUCACACCCGUUUAGAGACCUGGUGUCUAAGAAAUUAUAUCAUCAUUACUUAGAUUAGAAUGCCAAAUAAAAAAUUUCUUAAACCACUUACAAUUCGUAUAUUACUUUUUCUUUCUUAUGCACUUGUAAUUGAAACGACAAAUAUGUUCAUACACUGCCGUAGUUCCCUCACUGAAAAGCUAUACCUGAUUCCAGACCAAAAUGGGCAAAAUGUAUACCCCUUUUUAGACCGAAAUGGCACAAUACCCAUACUGUUUGGGGAGGCACAUACUAAUAUGGCUUAUGUAAGAGAGGUCUUGCCACAUAUGGUUAAAACAAAAAUGAUUUCAUAAACAAAUGAAAUGAUUUCUCACGAUCGUUCUUCAUUUAUUUGAAAAUCUAGCUAAUUAUUUUAACUAACACCAAUGGAAAUAGAUAGAUUUGUCAUCGGAAAAUAGUGUGUUUACGUGGAGUUUAGUGAAUGUGUCUCAAAAUCCAGACCCCAAUUCUAGAAACUAGCUGAUACUCAGUACAGAAGCUUCUGUCAUUAAAAGAAUUACUGAAGCCUUAUAUAUGGAGAGGGAAGUGGAGGUUGGAAAAAACACGAUGCUUCACAUAUCAUCAUUUCCUUAUGUAGGACAAUGCAGAUGUUGAAUGGAAGUUUUCAAGAGCACGGAUGUGGCUGGAGUGGAUUGACAAAGGAAGCACGAUACCAGUGCCUUUAAACCUAAUUUACUACACUCUUUUUGGGCUGUUUAAGUUUUUUGGCUGGUUUUUGAGAAUCUCUGUUAAGAAAUGUCCAUGUUUUAACCAGGUUUGAUUUUUUAAUUCUAUAUUGAUACCCUAUAUAAGCUGGACUACAUAAAUUAAAUACUCUCGGUUAUCGAUGUCCACUAACUAGAUUAAUCCACUAUUAAAAUUAUUGCGCAGGGGAAUUACUCACCUGGUAAAGGUCAAAGGAAAAUUUCGUUGACCCUACUUUACACUGAUUUUUUUUAUUUUUUUAAAACUUCCCGUUCCUAUUCCUUGCUUUUGACAACUUCUGGCCAUCCAUCCAGCGUUUUGGGCCUGUCUGAUGGACUGUCUUAUAGCAUCGGCUUUGACCCAAAUUCCCUUCUAUCUUGGCGUCUACCCUGAUUUAGUCACGGUAUCUGCCUUUGUACGUCUUAAGGCUAAAAUCUAGCUUGAACGUUUCUUUUAGUCACUACCUGUUGUUACAACCUUUACUGGAUAAUGACUAGACUGCCAGUUACACUUUCAUUACUUAAUAAUUUGUUUUGUCUUUUGUAGGAAGAUGAGGAGGGAAAUGGGCAGGGAGAUCGAGUAAGUACACCUAUAGAUUGCAUUGUUGUGUUCAAAACAUGAUUUGCUCCAGUUUUCGUCUCGACUAUGAAGCAGUUUAUCUAGUGAAAUAUCUCGAGCAUGUUAAGGCGUGGCUCACUUUUUGUUAUGGACCACACCCGUGAGGUUUAAACUGUUUUUCUCUAGAAACCAUACUUUUUAAUUAUAAAAUCGCUAAAAUUUAUUUGGGGAAACUUUAUUUUGAUGCGUUUACUUGACUAGGAUUGAACUGAUGAUUUCACCUGAAUCGUAGCGUUUUAUAAAUAUUAAAAAAAAAAUUGGAUGUGUGGGAGGAAUGUCAAUUAAAACUAAAACCGAACCAUUUGUAAAUGUUUGAUUUGGUUACCUUUUAAGUAUUUCCGCGGCCGGAAUGGAAAAAAAGUUAUUUUAAUUAUUAAGAAAAAAUGAAAAAUAAAAAAUGUCACGUGACCUGUUUUGCUUAAUUAUUAAUGAAAUGAAAAAAUAAUCAACCAUUCCAGCUAGAUUCAUACGAGGAACAAUAAUACAACAACUGAACUUAGUAUCUUCUGUCGGGCAUCACGCCACCGCAAACUUCUCUUUCGUAAACGGUCGCUACCAUGUUUCAGACACUUCAAAAUUUUUUAUCUGUUAUCCAGAGUGGUCCUCUUAAAAAGAAAUACGAUCGCAACCCAGAGUUGAACCGGAGCCUUUCGUAUUCUAAUCUUUCUCCCUUAAGUGAAUAACAGGUGACAGGGGCGGAUCCAGGAUUUUUUUUAGGAGGGGGUGCACUCGUCUCUUGCUCUACUUCAACACCAAUAAACCACCUAGUUUUUUUUGGAGGGGGUGCGCACCCCCUGCACCCUCCCCCUAGAUCCGCCCCUGGGUGAGGUGACCCUAGCCAUUUCCAUAGCUUUUGACGUAAAUUUAACUUGGGCUUCAACGUCGCUCUUUCUAAGACUAUUGAAAAACGGAUCAUUUGCCUUAUUAUACAAGGACAGGUCAGGUGACCCAAACAUCUGGUUUCUUACGUAACACGAGAUUUAAGGCUGCCGAUUUUUCCAAGGUUAGCAAAUUUUGGAAAGGUCUGGUAAAUUUUCACAAAGUUAUCGUCAUUUCUUGGUUUUUAUCUCUUUGAGCGAUAAUGCAGUAUUCUGUGCUUGGUCUAGAGUAGAAAUUUUAAGCGCUAACAAAGGAACGUUCCUGAGAUAAAUAAACUGCAAAAGCACCUGUUUUACGUAGGUCACAGAAAGCAUGGGCGGUCAAGCAGUAAACCCGAGCGAGGGCCUUACAGGCGACUGAGGCCGGCGCAAUUCGCGCAAAAAUUUCAUCUCUGCGCUUCAUUAGCGCCUUGAAAAAACUGACGUUGAGAAAACUGGACUGUUUUUCAGUCUGUGAUUGAAAGCUCUUCACAAAUCUCAGAAUCGUCUAAAGUAACAAUUAAUAGGUUGCAACUUGCUAUUCGGAACCUUUGAAUUUUACUGCUGUGUCUUCAUGAUUGUUAUGCUUACCACCGAUUAUUAGCUUAAUUGGUUGGAUAAAAGACCUAGGUGUGGAGGGCCCGGGGGCUUUAUUCCCAACCGGACAAACACUCAGAGUCAAACUAUCUGAGGAGCACGUGCAGCAUACUCACUGUGCUCUGAAAUGUACUAAAACAAGUCAUUUUUGCUCUUAUAUUCGACUUAACUUUACGCAGAAAGAUGAGACUGCAGGCAAGAGAGCAAGCAAUGUUUGAUGCAUGCAGUUUUUCUCAUCACGAUUCCAAUACGAUUUCUAUCAUGUUUUCAUCGGCAAUUCAACCAUACGAUUAUGUUCAGUAACUCCCUUCUUCCGACAAACCAUAUGUAGCAAGUUGAAAAUCGCCCUUCCACUGGCCUAAGCUAAGUGGUAGAUAUUCAAUUAUAUUUAACAAAAUACUCACAAAUGGUGGUUAUUAGAUUUUAUUACAGCUAAUCGUUAGAAAUUGGAAAUAGCAGCUAUAUAAUUGAUUUAAACUAUUAGGAAUUAACAGGGUGACCGACUGCUAAUUCAUAUAAUUUUUAGGCACGCUAUAUACAGGAACGAAAGGAGACAAUGAAAGAUUUGAUCGUGAAAUACCUGAAAAAACACUAUUUGGAAGACAACGAAGAAGAAAGAGCUGACAGGUACCAUGAUGAAACAAAGGACGUCACAGAUGAAGCAGCCAGACUAGACAAAUCACCAAAAAAUAUACAAGAAAACAUCAGUCUAUUGAGAGAACUGGUGGAUCGCCAGGCGAAAGAACUAACUAAGCUAAAUAAGAGGCUUGGCAGCUUGGCUAAGUAAUUCAGAUAUAUUGACAACAACUGUAACAACCUUCAAAAGUAGGUUGAGUUUGAUCGUCCGGGUGAACGUAGUCCUGAAUAGGACUGUUGUUGUUGACAGUGACUGACGUAUCGACAAACUGUGCGGUAGUCAUCUUCAGAGUCAAAGUGAGUUGUAUCACGUCAGUUGAUGGUAUUAUACUCCGGUUAAUUGUUGAUCUGAUUGGUCAAUUACGUCGCGAUGUUAUUGGUCGUCUGUCAGUUAAGCCGUGAUGUUAUUGGCUAUGAAGACUCGUAAUCAGUAACUGGUGCGUUUCGAUCCGUCUAUUGUCACAGUUAAACAGUCGUCUAUUGUUAGUCAAAUUGUCAGCUCUCCAGUCGUUCCCUCGUAGUUAGUUUUGCUUGAUCUCGUCAAUAAGUCGUUUGUACGGCGCUGGUAACUGUUGGCUACGAUUCAGUGGCGUUUGUUCUAAGUUAGUAAACCAGCUUUCUAAAGUAAGACGUUGAUAGUAGUUUGUAGAAUACGUUAUACACGUCGCAGAGUCCCAGUCAAUUUGAUGUUUCGUCUGUAAAUGGUGCUCAGCAAUGUGCUUGUUGACGUCACCACUCCUCGUUGCUCGUUUGUGUUCGGUCAGUCGCGUACUAAGGUUUCUGCGGUUUUACCAAUGUAAGAAGCCUGGCAGUCGUAGUAUUUGAUCUUGUAUACUAUCAACGUCUUACUUGGAUCAAUAUUGUUGGAAAAUAAUACAGCUUGUUCCGAUUUUUUCAAGUCUCUGAAUUUGGAGUACUUGGCGUCUACGUCUUGAAAAAAGUGUUGUCUUAAAUUUUUAUAUAAAUUGCAUCCGAAUAGAAAAUGAAUUUCAUUCUCUACUUUAUUCGACGAGCAAAGCCGACAUAUACUAAUAUUCUAAGGAAUUUUAGGAAAAUGGUAUCUAUCAGUUGUGAUUACUUGAUCCUAAUUUUGCUACUGCCUGACGAUGUUUUUCGUUUUCAAUAAGGUCUAAAUAUUCUGUUCUACUGACAUUAGCCUUAAAAGUGGAAUGGAAAUUCAAUUUUUUGCAAGAUUGUAACAUGUCCAUUUGAUCCUUUUUGAAGUAAUCUAUGAUAGCUUGUUUUAUUUUCGGCAGCUUCGAGUUAACCAAUUUUGGCUCUACAAGAAUACUAGUGCCGUAGCUUCAUGAUUUCGUGAAAAGUUGAU